AUGCUGAAGGAAGUGGGCUGUGGAAGUAGUACACCCCCGGUCGGGGACUGCACGACCCCGAGCAGACGAGAAAAUACUAAUGAGGUGGAUAGACUUCGCUCGGAGGUCGUGGGCGCUGGAGGCGGAGGUGCUGGACUCGCUUGCGGUGGCUGCGGGAGAGAUAUCGCUGAAAGAUGGUAUCUGAGGGCCGCCGAUCGCGCUUGGCACUGCGGAUGCUUGAGAUGCUGUCAUUGCAGGGUACCUUUGGCUGCUGAAUUGACUUGCUUCUCGAGGGAUGGAAAUAUUUACUGCAAAGAAGAUUAUUACAGAUUGUUCGCGGUCUCAAGAUGUUCACGAUGUCGAGCUGGAAUUUCCGCAACUGAACUCGUGAUGAGAGCCAGAGAAUUGGUAUACCAUGUGGCUUGCUUUGUCUGCGCAUCCUGCGGGGUACCGCUUAAUAAAGGAGAUCACUUUGGACAACGUGAUGGUCUUGUUUAUUGCAGGCCGCACUACGAAUUAAUUUGUUGUGCCGCGGAUUAUGGAAAUACUGCCGGCAGCGUUGAAGACCUCGGCUCUCCAGAUGUGUCAUCCCUCACUGGGUAUUACAGCGCGAACGAGCAAAGUCCUGUAACCUCAGUUCAAAAAGGUCGCCCACGAAAACGAAAACUCUCUGAAGUAUCUAGAUCCGAAAUGCCAGUAUCCAUGCGACUGGCUGCAGAACUUAUGCAUCCCAAUGAAUUGUCAUCGUCAAUGGAAUCGCUGGCCGCGUAUGAUACAUCAGUCGGUUCUCCGGGACCAAUUCAUCAGAGUCAACGUACUAAACGUAUGAGAACGAGCUUUAAGCACCAUCAAUUACGUACAAUGAAGAGUUACUUUGCUAUAAAUCAGAACCCGGACGCAAAAGAUCUUAAGCAAUUGGCCCAAAAGACGGGAUUAUCUAAACGCGUUCUUCAGGUUUGGUUCCAAAACGCUAGGGCCAAGUGGCGUCGAAAUAUGAUGAGACAAGAGGGUAACGGUGGGAUCAAUAGCGUCGGAGGCAAUGGAACUGGAAGUGGAUGCCCUGGGACACCGGUUCCGUCAUCGACUGGGAACUCACCGAAUAUUGGACCAAGUGCUGUCGCGUUCCUAGGCGCUGACAGCAAUAGCCAGCCAUCAACUUCUAUGGAAGACAUCCAUGCACUCCAUCAUCUUCACUCGGGUGUUUCAUCCCAGGUUUCCUUUUCGGAUCUCUAUUGACAUACGAUCAGAGUUGAUAAUUAUCAAGAUUCAUUUAUCUGCUGAGCAUUUUAAAGUUUUCAUAUUUGCUUUUUUUUUAUCAAUGAAAAUAAAUAUGAGAAACUGAUGAACUUACGGUGCUAAAGUGCUUGCAGUAAAACGUUUUAUCAAUUAUAUUUUCGAACAUUUGAAGUAUUAUUAAUAAUAAUGAUAAUUAUUAUAUUUAUUGGUUAGAUUAAUUAAAUAUGGAUACUAGUCAUUGGAUGAAAAUUAUUUAAUAAAAAAAAAAAAUUUUUGAUGGAAAGUAUUUAAUGUAUUAUGAGCUUUUUUCGUACUUGUAUAUUAAUUAUAAUUAUUCAUUGGAAAAUAAUUAGUAACUAUAAGUGUAAUAA